AGCUUAAAUACUGUCCCCCAUAUUGUUCCUGACUACUCUUGAAAAUUAUAUGGGCGAGAAACCUUCGCUGCGGAUAUUUUGGAGCAAUUUCAUUGUUCUUCUUAAUAAAUCGACGAAUGAGCGUCAACGACAAUCGAUUAAGAAGAAUUCGUAUGUCUCUGUAGCUAUUCGGCUUAACUUAUGCUUCAACAAGAAAUUAAUGAUAAGCUUAUGGCAAUCAUUCGCAAAAACUAAAGUAAAAUUGCCACAAUUUUUAAGUACGGUAGCGAUUUAUUAUACAGAUCAUUACUGGGAUUUGCUCCAUAAUGCAGAAUUUUUGAUUGAGGAGCAGUUGGAUCUAUAUCCUCCUUUGGAAAAUGAAGAAGACUCGACUCGUGAAAAUCAAAAAUGAGGGGAAUGACGAACAUGAAUUGAUCAUUGAAGAAAUCCCUUCAACAAACUGUGAAAUUUGUAUCACUGGACCCCGAGAGAUGAUCGUCAUUCCUUGUCACCACUAUCGCAUGUGUUUCCAGUGUUCAACAAAAAUAAGCCAUGUUGCAAACGAGAAGAAUUUGCAAUUAAAA